GCGGGUGUCCGUGCGGUACAGUAGCAGCAACCCAGUGACAGGGAGAGUGAAGAUGGGAGCGGCCGGGAGCGGGAGCAGCGAGUCCCGGCUUGUUGUUGUGAAGCAGCGCUGAGAGCUGGGAGGUGGGGGGAAGCAAGCGGAGACAGAGUCCCCUCGACCUGACCGGGGCGGGGGAAGAGAAGAGACGAUGAGGGGGAUGUGACCGCAAAAGAACAACGCAAGCAAUCGGAACCGUUUUUAAACAACAACGAAAAGGAUUUUCUUGUAAAAAAAACCUGACUCAGGGCAAAAGCGGGAUCAACAUCCUUCCCUCGAACUGGUGGAUGAUUUCAAAAGGAGAUUCGGGCAAUUUUGUAAGGAUCAUGCAGGUUGAGUGAAAGAACAGGAGAGACAGAGGAAAACAAGACACUCAGCACCAGCUUGAUGAUGGGCGACGCGACAGAAGCGGCCAGGGAGAUGAAGAAGACCUUCAUUGUCCCUGCCAUCAAAGCUUUUGAUCACUAUGAUUUCUCCAGAGCUAAAAUCGCUUGUAGCCUCUCGUGGCUGGUGGCCAAGGCUUUCGGGACAGAUCAUGUACCAGAGGAACUUAGAGAACCAUUUUACACGGACCAGUACGAACAGGAACACAUUAAGCCACCUGUUGUCAACUUGCUUCUUUCUGCUGAGCUGUACUGUCGUGCUGGGAGCCUGAUCUUGAAGAGUGACGCUGCCAAACCACUGCUGGGUCAUGAUGCAGUUGUACAGGCACUUGCACAGAAAGGUCUUUAUGUCACAGAACAGGAGAAGCUAGUGACUGAGAGAGAUCUUCGCAAGAAGCCUAUUCAAAUGAGUGCCCACCUGGCUAUGAUUGACACCCUGAUGAUGGCGUAUACUGUGGAAAUGAUCAGCAUUGGGAAAGUGGUCUCAUGUGUGCAGCAGUUCACAAACUUCUUCCCAGCUACAGAGCUACCAUAUGACAUUGAAGAUGCCAUUGUCUGCUGGAUAAAUAAGGUCAAUGAACAUUUGAAGGAGAUAGUUGGUCAGGAACAGAAACAAAGGCGACCGCAAGGGGCAGAAACAUCUGGAAGUCAAAGGUCUCCUACCAAAUGGUAUUGGAAACUGGUUCCUGCUCGUUACAGGAAAGAUCAAAUGGUACCUAAACAGCUGCCCUGCAUCUCACCAGUCGAAAAUCUGUUGAAGGACACCACAGAUGGUUGUGCAUUAGCUGCAUUGAUUCAUUUUUACUGUCCCGAUAUUAUCCGAAUGGAAGAUAUCUGUUUGAAAGAGACCAUGUCAUUGGCUGAUGGCCUGUAUAAUCUGCAGUUGAUUCAGGACUUCUGUGAAGGUUAUCUGAACCAGUGCUGCCAUUUUUUACUUGAAGAUAUGCUCUAUGCUUCUUCAUCAAUUAAGAAUAACUACCUAGUAUUUAUGGCAGAGUUGUUCUGGUGGUUUGAAGUGGUGAAGCCCCCCUUUGUGCAGCCUAGACUGCUGCCUCAAGUUGAAGCUGAACCUCUCCACCCAAUAAGGAAUAUCCCUGCUGCUUUCCCAAUUUCAAAUGCUACCAGAAAAAGUUUCACGGAUACUUUUCCCAAUUCUGAUUUUGGAUGCGGCAAAGUGAGUCCAACAUUUUCACCAUCACAGCCACUCCUGCCCCUGCGACAUACUCAGCACCGUCCCCAUUCAUCUGACUCAGGAAUGCGUCGAUCCACAUCCAUGUCUUAUGUAGAGGGAUAUGCAGGAACCUGGCCCGAAAAGAAACCAAGAGCCUUUCCCCAAGCUGUUUCUUUCAAUAUUCCCUUCGAUUCAGACAAUAACAUUGAUGCAUCUGCUACAAAUAACCGGACAAUAAUUAGGUCAAUCAGUAAUGACAGUUUGAUUUCAAACAUCAACAAUACUCCCAAACACAUAGUGAGAAGUGAAUCCUUACAGCCAAUAAAUGGACAAAGCAAUGGAAUAGAAGAAGAACCUCUUUCUAAUCACAGUCAUGAGAAACCAACUAAAGGUUCCACAAGGAGGUCUGGUUCAGCAAAUAGUACUCUGAGGAAACAAUCCAUGCGAGGUAUAGUGUCAAAUGGGCCAAAGGAAAAUAGUUUAGAUAUCCCACCAAGUAUUGAAGAAGCUCUACAGAUAAUUCAUGAUGUAGACAAACUCUGCCCAGAUCUUCAAUCUGAUCCAGUAGCUGAUGGUUUUUUCCUUCAUGUUAACAAUGCCAGUGACAUCCCCGUAAACCCCAAAAUGAAUCAAACAAGCAGCCUAGAUUCCAUUGCAGAGCUUAAAUGUGCUGCAAGCCCUUUGACUGAUAAUACUGAGGUAGACACAGGGAUCCAUGUCCCAUCUGAAGAUAUUCAAGAAACAAUAGAUGAAGACUUUUCCUUUAGAGAUUACACAGUUAGUAUGGAUUCUGAUAUGGAAGACUCUUCUAAACCUCAAGACUCUGAUCUAAGAUGUGAUGAUCAUGAUGAUAUGUUGACUCCAGGCUCAAACUCAUUGAAUGCUGUAUUGCAGGCUGGAAAUUGCAUCUCUCCGGGUUCUGCAAUUAAAAUGACCAGUUUUGCUGAACAAAAAUUCAAAAAGCUGAAUAUCUCGGAUGCCAGAUUGAGCAGUAGUAGCUCCCAAAAGACUACCCCAGAAAGUUCAGAGCUUAACACUCCAGGCAUGGUUUCUAAUAGUCGGAUACCAGAGCUGAGUCCGAGCAGACAAAUGAGAGAUCCUGCUCAGUUGUUGGCAUCUGAAGUGAUUCAGCUUAAAAUGAAAUUAGAAGAAAAGCGACGAGCCAUUGAAGCACAGAAGAAGAGAGUUGAAGCUGCUUUUACAAGACAAAGACAAAAAAUGGGUAGGACAGCAUUUUUGAAUGUUGUGAAAAAGAAAGGUGAUGGGAGCUCUCUGAUCAAUGAAGAACCUGGUGGUGAUCAUGGAGGUAGAUUGAUACAAGAGAGAAAAUUGUUGCAAACAGGGAGCAUUGAGGAAAAAGAUGAAUUAACACCUGAGAUGAUUGCAAUUAAUGGUAAUGCAACAGAUCGUGGUAAAUGGGCUCUUCAGUGCCCCACGUCUGCAGCCCAAUCAGAAAAACAAGUUUCCUGGAAUUUAAGUAGCACUGCUGAAGAGCCUUUAGGAGAUGCAGAUGUCAUUGAGUACAACCGAUUAAUUGAAAAAAUGAAUACAGCUUUGCAUGCACUACAACAGGAGAUGCAACGCUUGGCAAACCAGCAGGAAUUAAUAAUGCAAAUGAGGGAACAACAACAAGCAUGGGUAAUUUCUCCUCCUGAACCUUCGCCGCAAAAGCAAAUCCGAGAAGUUCGAUCAUCUUCAAGGUCAACAGGGUCACUAUCCCCUUCCUUAUCCUCUUCUGGUGAAUCACCUCGCUCUACACAACGAUCUCCCCAGACUUCACACAGAAGGUCCUCCUAUUCUCAUGUUAAAAACUCAAAAUCAAGGCCAAAUGAAUUGAAGAUAACGCCAUUAAACCGUGUCCUUACCGCUCCACGUUCUGUGGACAGCCUUCCUCAUCUUAGAAAGUUCUCUCCCAGCCAGUUCCAGACCAAAUCAUUUCUUUUUCUUGAAGAUGAUACACCUGAUGAUUCCUCAAAAGGAGGGAAUGUGAAAUUAACUCAUGAGGAAAUAGAGCCUGAGAUGGAAGAGAAUAAACAGAUAAAUGAAAAGCCCUUGGAAAUGGAGAAAGUGGACCAUGUGCCACCUGUUGAACCGCAAGAUUCACCAUUGCCCACAGUGUCCACAGAAAAGUCUGCCUCUCUUCUGGAGAGUCCUGUUAAGAAGAAGUAUCCUGUUGACCAAAGCACAAAGGCAAGCUUAAUUGAGGUUUCCCUUUCAGACCUAAAGCUUUCAGAGGAGGAAGUGGAAGUGGAUGAGGCAAACGUUGGUGAUACUGAAAAGGAGCAGUUUGAAGAACAAAAGUUGUGUUGUGGAUUUUUCUUUAAAGAUGAUCAGAAAGCUGAAGAAAUCGCUAUGAAACGUGCGGCCCUCUUGGAAAAACGUAUGAGGCGGGAGAAGGAAAAACAGAUGAGACGACAGCAACUGGAAGCAGAGAUGGAAGAGAAGAAGGAAGAAGCCAGACUCAAAGCUGAAGAAGAACGACAAAAGAAAGAAGAUGAACGAUCGCGUAGAGAAUUCAUUAAACAGGAAUACCUAAGGAAAAAGCAGCUGAAACUAAUGAAAGACAUGGAUAGUGUGAUAAAGCCUCGUCCCACCAGCCUGAAACUAAAAAAGGCUCGUCCAAAGUCUUUCCGAGAAGAUGGAUCAAAUCCAAAUGCCAGGUCAUCAGCAGUGUCCUGUUUAUCUUUGGCAUCAUUGAACACAGCAGAUGCUGACAGUGUACAUUCAGGAAGAAAAACUCCCAGGACAGAAUCAGUUGAUGGAUUUAUGUCACCAAGUUGUUCUGUCAAUCGCAAUGGUGACAAAGACUGGGAGAAUGACUCAACAACUUCCUCAGUGGCUUCUGCAACAGAGUACACAGGGCCAAAGUUAUACAAGGAACCAAGCGCAAAGUCUAACAAGCAUAUAAUUCAGAAUGCAAUCUCACACUGCUGUUUAGCUGGAAAAGUCAAUGAGAAUCAGAAGAAUAAAAUACUCGCGGAAAUGGAGAAUUCCGAAGCCAAUAACUUUUUGAUCCUUUUCCGGGAUGCUGGUUGCCAAUUCCGUUCACUGUAUACCUACAGUCCAGAAACUGAAGAAAUUACUAAAUUGGCAGGAAUAGGGCCGAAAAACAUCGGAAAGAAAAUGAUUGAGGGACUCUACAAGUACAACUCUGACCGAAAGCAGUUUAGUCGCAUUCCUGCCAAAUCAUUAUCUGCCUGUGUGGACGCAAUUAUCAUCCAUGGCUACCUGUGGCAGUACAAAAGACCCAACACGCCCAAAAAGCUCACCCCAACACGGUCGUAGUAAGGAGAGCCUAACAAAAACAUUUAAUGUCAUUUAAACAAUUGCACUUCAUCGUAACUGCCUAAGGAGAAGGGGUUUUCUAGUUGCCGAGAGCAAUUCUUAUGUUUGUAGAUUUGAUAAUGUAUCUAGUAUGUACAACAGUUGAAAACUGGACACCAAACUCUGCUUUCAUUAUGCACAACUGGAAUGUAUUGUGUUAAGAGGCAUUGAAGGAUGUCACUCUUGCAAUUAGAGGUAAAACUAUUAAUUGUGAAGUGAUUUUACCUAGAUCAUGCUUGUAGUUUUCUAUUUGCUAAUUAAUGUGACAUCAAUACCAUAACUCAUUGUUUGGUACACUGGAGCAUCUAAAUGUUACGUACUUAAACUAGCAAGUAAUAUUUUUGCCUUAGUCACAUUUUUCAUGUUUUUACAACUGUCAUAAGAUUCUGUUUAUGCUAUAUUUUAAAGAUUAGGUGUUUUAUAUGCAUUCAACGUUCCACAGUAUUAGCCAUAUCUGCAUAAAGGGGCUGAUGAUGGCUGACUAGUGCAAAAGGGUGCUAUGGUAAAGUGAUUCACUUCAAUUAAAGCUACAGUCCUGGUACCAUUAUUUUCCAGACUAUCUCCUGGAAGCAGGUUUUGUACUAGUACUGUCAGUUAACUCAAAAGAAAUGUUUAGUUCAGUGUUCUAAGCACAGCAUCAUUGGCACGGUUGAGAUGUUUUUAAACCUUUUGGUAAGAAAACUUUAAUCUAUGCUGGCAAUCCUAGUGUUACAGCUGAGUACACUACUGAUGUGUGCAACAUAAACCUCACUAGUAAAUGAUCUUGCCUGUAAUUUCUGCUGUUUGACUUGAUGUUCUCUUAAUAGGUACAGUGUGCCUUCACAUCAAGAAAGAAUAGUGAUAGCAAUAGUGUUGUGUUUGAUGGGUGGAUUUAGAGACCAAAUUCUGACAACAAGUCAGUUGUAGUGAAACUAGACAAUGAAACAAGGACGUUGACUGAAAACAAUUAUGAAGUUGGAAAGGAACAAGAUUUUUAAAGUCAUUUUAAUUCUGUGGUUAGUUUAGUGAUCCAUAUGUGUCUGUUUUGACCAGCAUGAAAUUUAAACAACUAGAAAAGCAAAAUUGACAUUCCAUUUUUUUGAGGAGUCCUUCCAUUUGUGAAUAAAGUGCAAGUUUAUCUUUGUCAAGGUGCAGUGCUCCUGCUUAUUUAAACAUGUUGGAGAAAUAAAGCAGUACUCAGAUGAUUCUACUAUCUUUGGUGUUCCAAUUGAAAUAGAGGCCACAAAUUGAGGUAACUGGGUGGAAAGCAUUCUGAAUUGCGAUCUCACAGCACUGUCUAAAAUAAGUUUUACUUCUAAUAGCCGUUGGUGGGUAUCCUAGAAUGUGAAUUUGGAUAAUCAGCAUUAGGAUGUUUUUUCCUUGUGUUUCUGCUGCACAAUAUGUUUGUCCAUCGUUCAUAAACAUUGAAAAUGCUAAUUUACUUUCAUCUGUUGACUUAGUACAGCAGCUAUCAUCCCUCCGUCUUUGUUUACUCAUCCACCCUGAAAGAAAGUUCAUGCAUUGCACUGUAUCACAAAAUUAUCCCUGGCACAUCCUUAUUGAACCUGAAAAUUUUACUUUCAUUUAGUGAUGCCAUUGAUCUCGUUAUCAAACUGCUUUUUAAGCCUACUGUCUAGAUUUUUAUAAAAUUUGAAAGGUUAUAAAUUCUGGUUUGAAAAACUUUUCCCCCCAUGCUUUUCUAUUUAAGGAUAUGGAGUAAUUUCAUAAGACUUUUGAUAUUUUUAGUUUAAUUUAUUUUGUUUUUAUCAAUAGAUCCAUCUACAGAAUUCAAAAUAUCUGUGCAUUCUUGAACUGACUUAACUCUAACCACUUGCAUUCUCCUCCUUUUCUCCCUUAUCUAUGUUUGUCCCUUCCCUUCUCUCUCUCCCUCUCUCUCUCUCUCUCUGUUCUCUUUGUCUCUCUGUGUCCUCAAACCAGUGGACAUCUUCUAAAUCCUCAUGUUGUUCCUGUACAUAUGUCACUUGUUUUUGGUUGCUCUCAAUGCAUGGAGUCUCUUUCUCCAACAUGAUACUUGUUUUCUUCCUCUUUCCUGUCUCCUGAUACAAACUACUAUAUCCUUGCCAAGCCUCCCCCAUGAUGGCCACUGUUACCCUCACCACUUAGCCCCAUUUCUGUUCCUUGCCUACUCAUGGCAUUAGCUGUGUUUUUCCCUUUCCCAUGUCACUCAUUUUCCACUUCUCCAUGUCCUUCAGUUAUUUCGUGUUAACUGCUUUGCUCCCACUCUUCCUCUUCAGACUGACUCAGAAUUACAAAUGAUGGUCCCAAACAUGAGUUACCUUUGACAAACACAUCUUGUGUUGCUUGCUUUCACUCUUUGUUUCAUGUCAUCACUUUACGUCUUACAAGAUACAUUACAUUCUUGGUUUUCUAAGAUCUUGCAGUUCUGCUUGAACAAGUUUAUGUUCUGUUCACUCUUGCAUGAAAAUGUUAUUCUUUUGUUACACAGGUCUUUCAUGAUUACUGCUGCUGUUCCUGUGCUGUAUACUGCUUGCUUACUUUGUUGCUUUUUCUGUACCAUAGUGGCACAUGUCAAUAUUGCCACUAUGUGCAUAGUCUCAAGUAGAUGGCUUAAAACUGUUGAGCUUUGGAGUACCUGGAAACUGCCGCAUUUGAUCAGCACAUUACAAUUUUUCACAACAUGCACAAUUUUCCUGUUUUUUUUUUCUUUCCUGUUUUGAACCAGUCAUGGUUUCUGCUCUUUGCAUUCCAUUCCUUCAUAUUUUUCAGAGAAGUUGCAGAAUAAUUUCAGCAAAGCAGAACAUUUGAGCCCAUCAAAUCCACAAGAGUAAUCCAGCUAGUUGCAAAUCCCUGCCUGGUCCUGUCACUAAGUGUUUUCUCGCUUCAGUAUUUAGCCAGUUCAUUUUUGAAAACCAUCCUGAAAGCUAUUUUUGAUGCAUGUUCGGGAAGUUUAUUCCAGAUCCUAACCAUUUGCUAUGUUAAAAGGAGGGCUUUUUUGUAUCACUUUUUUUUUUCUUUUGCCAGUCACUUGAGAUCUGUGCCUCUUGGUUGUCAGCCCCUCUAUUGAAGCAAACGGUUUUCCUCUCGGUUCAGUCAAAAGUCUGAAGAUUUGUUGCAGCACCAAAAUUCAUCUCAACCUUCUCUAAUAAAAGCUACACUGCCUCACUAAUGCAUCCAUGUAAUUGAAGUCCCUUAUUGCUGGAACUAACCUCGUAAAUUUUUUCGAUACUGUCCAGGAGCAGGAUAGAAACCACAGCCCUUGUGCUGUUCUUGGCCCCCACCCUGAGCUCAGUCUUUUAUUUUUUAAGAGGUUCAACAGAUCCAGGGAAUUCCAAUGGCUCAGAAUUUGGUACUCCUGGCCAGUUCUUUUCAUUCAGAGUUUUAUCUGAUGUAGUAAUAAGGUCUUUGGCAUAUCUGGUGUAGCGUCAUUCCAGUAAUUUACUAUUGUAAACUAUUCAUUUUAAUUAUUGGAAAGAAAAGCUUUUAAAGUCUUAAGCUUUUUCUGCUUUACUUCCCUUUUUGAAUUUGCUUUUCUUCUGAGUCCUGAUUGUGCAGUUAUUCUAUCACUUAAAAUUCAUAUCAGUAAAAUUGGACAUUGUUUUAAGAAGCUGUUUUAUUCCACUAACUAGGAAACUGAAUGUUAUUAGUUUGAAUGUUGAUAGUUGGUAUAACUGUGUUGGUAGGCCACGGGGUGCUGAGUGGUGCCAAUGCAAGGUACCUGUAACUGUUUUGAAAACUCUUUUUCAUAGAAUCCCUACGGUGUGGAAACAGGCCCUUUGGCCCAACAAGUCCACACCGAUCCUCAGGGCAUCCCACCCAGACCCAACCCCCCAUAACACACCUAAUCUACAUAUCCCUGAACACUCUCUGGGAAAUUUUGCAUGGCCAAUCAACCUAGUUUGCACAUCUGUGGACUGUCAGUUCUUGGG